AUGCUAAAUCGAUAUUUGUUUGAUUGCUUUUCUGAACAAAACACAAAAAAAAAUAUUGCACUAAAUAGUGAUGAUGACUCUGCAGGUAUUCCAUCAAUAUUAAACGUAAAUAAGAUUAAACAUGAUGAUCCUAACAACUACAAUUAUGCCAAACAAUCACUAAGGAUUUGUACAAACCUGAAAUAUGACAUUAAACGUCUUCAUGAUGGGCAAGACUAUCUAAAAAUGAUGCUCGAAAAAAUAUUUAAUCAACUAAAUAAUCAAACAAAUUCAAAUAGUGACAGUUGUUCCUUAAAUUAUUAUGAUAUACCACAUAUAACAAAUGAGAAUGAUUUAAAUGAAUGGGAAGAUACUAUAAAAGACUCAUCAUAUUUGUCAAAAAUUCUAAGAAAUAAAAUUAGAAAAAAAACAUUUUAUAAUUUAAGGACCUGUGAUCUUAUUAAGCUGGCAGUGAGAAAAGUUCCUUUAUUUCAAAAUGCUUCCGACAAUGAGAUUGAAAAGCCUUUAAAAUCAUUUAUGGCACAAACCUCAGCUAGAUUGAAAUUAAAAGCAAUAAAAACAAAAGUAAUUCCAAUAACUACCUACUCUCAAAAUACAGACGCACCUGAAAAAGAUCUAUAA